AUGCCGGUUAAUAUUAGAAAGGCCACCAUUGAUGAUAUAAUUUGUAUGCAAAAUGCUAAUCUACAUAACUUACCAGAAAAUUAUAUGAUGAAAUAUUAUAUGUACCAUAUUUUAUCAUGGCCUGAAAUCUCCUUUGUAGCUACAACAACAUCUAAUGUAUUUGAUGAAGAAGAUCUAAAGGAUGAUGAUAAUGAUGAUGAUAAAUUAAUGGUAGAUGACCUGAUAACAGGAAAUCAAAUUAAACUGGAUCCAACUUAUGUAAGACCAGGGGAAAAAUUGGUUGGUUAUGUUUUAGCUAAAAUGAACGAUGAUCCAGAUCAACAAAAUGAACCUCCCAAUGGUCAUAUCACAUCAUUGAGUGUUAUGAGAACAUAUAGAAGAAUGGGUUUGGCUGAAAAAUUGAUGAGACAGGCGUUAUUUGCAUUAAGAGAAGUUCAUGAUGCUGAAUAUGUUUCUCUACACGUUAGACAAUCAAAUAGAGCUGCAUUACACUUAUAUAGAGAUACUUUGGAAUUUGAGGUGCUAAAGAUUGAAAAAGGUUACUAUCAAGACGGUGAAGAUGCUUACGCUAUGAAAAAAGUAUUAGAUUUAAAAGAAUUGGCAGUUGUGAAUUUCAAUCAUCGUAAGGACAAGAAUAAUGAUCAAAAUGAAGAACAAUUAGAGGAUGAUUUAACUUCUGAUUUACUUGAAGAUCUUGUUCAACAUGGCAUCGAUAAUGUUGUUGUCUGA